GUGACGCGGCCGUCAUGGCGGCGGGCGUUCGGCGUGGUGGUGGCGGCGGCGGUGGUGGAGGAGGAAGAGGCGACGCGUCGGCCUCGCAGCUUCAGCGCUGAGCUCCUUGUUGUCACCCGCUACUGCUGCUGCUACAGCUGCUGCUACAGCUGUCACACAGCUGUCGCUGCGGGGUGUUUCGUUGUAUUCCCCGCUACGCGCAGCACGGCGGACGGACGCCGCAACGCUUGGCACGGGUUCCCUGGGCGGCGAUAGCGGCGGUCGUAGCCUUCACGAGCCUCAUCUCCGGGCCUGGUUCCCCUCUCCUGUCGCCGACGCUCGCCCGUCUUGUGCGGUGGCGCCGGACCCAUGCGGGAACCGGGAUGUGGCUCCGCUGAAGGCUGGUGGACUCCCUGAUGGACACGGACAGCCAGGAGCACCUGUGCAGCAUCCGCUCUCCCUUCCGCCGCGACCCAACUCCUGCUGGCGCUAAUACGGCUGCCGCCAGUGCCAAGUGCGCAACGGGCGAGGGGGGCGGCGGCGCUGGGACCGGCGGCCCCAGCGCUCCGGGCCGGCCCCACUUGGUGGAGACUCUCGGCCCCGAUUCGGGCCCCCCCGUGCUGGAUGGCAUCUCGGGCAGCGCGGGCAACAGAGCGAGUCCUGGAGGGAUGCAUCACGGGGACUCGGUAGAGUGCAGCGUGAGGGGUCAGGGCGUCGAACCCUCCGGAUAUCCCGGCUGCGAGAGCGACGCCGGUCCGGGGGAAGGCUCGCCAGGCUCCGGCGAACGAGCUGGUGGCGACGACGCCACCCUGUUCGGCGGUGGUGACGCCGAAGGGCUGACCAACGCUGCCCCGUUUGACAGCUCCCACACGGACACGCGUGCUCAUGAUCAGUGGACGGAUGGAACGACCCCCGAAGAAUCGGCGUCACCGCCACCGGCCGGACCGGCGCCUUCGGCGUCAUGCGGCGCGACCUCUCACGAAGACGACGGCUUUCCCGAAAGCGGCAAUGGCGGAAAAUUGCCCGACAGCGGGAUCGCCAACGGCCAGGGAGGCAAGAAACAGAAGCGGCGAGCCGAGAGGGCGGAGGUGCCUGGCGAACGGCAGCGGGAGAGGUGCGGCUCCACGGCCGGCGCCCGGCAGGGCCACGGCAGGGCCGGCAAGAAGGGCCAGCAACGCAAGGGCGGCCGCCCGCGUACACUGGAGGCCUUCCUGCAGCUGUGCGGGCAGCAUGUGUGGACGGGCGGGUCCACGCUGGUCAACACCAUUGUCCUGCUGGCGGCCGUGGUCGGGGAGCUGAUCGAGACGGCCGCGCUGUCGCUGGUCUCCGAGGGCGCCGCCCUCCGGCGCCGGCUGCCCUGCUACUGCGCGCUGGCGCGAGCGGCUGCGAAUGCCGCGAGGCGUCUCGCGGUGCGGUGGAGCGGGCGGGCAGGCGCCCUGGUGGUGGCGCUGGGCUGCGCCGCUUCCGCCGUCGUGCUCACGGCCGCACUGCUAUUCCUGCGGGUGCUGCGCAAGGCGACGCUGGGGUUCGUGCUGCCGGCGCUGGAACGGCUGCCGGGCUACGCGGCGUUGUGCGGCUGGCUGCUACGGGUGCAGCCGUGGAAGGUGGUUGGGGUGGCGUGGCAGGCUGCUAGCGCGGUGGUGCGCCGAACGUGCACCGUCUGCCGGCUCGGGGAGGCGUGGAUGUUUUGCCGGCAGAGGCUUGGCGGUGGCGCCGGCGCCGACAGGCAGGAACAGUGGAGGAGCAGUGGCAGCACGGGGCGGGCGCAGGCGACCGGCGGGAGCCGCGAGCCAGCUGCCGAGGUGGUGGAGCGCCUGCUGGCGCUGGCAGGCGCGACCGAGGAGGAGAUGGAUCCGUACGCCGUGCUGGGGCUGGACGCCGACGUGUCCGAGUCGGAGCUGCGGCGCGCGUACAGGCGCCUCGCCGUGAUGGUUCACCCGGACAAGUGCCAACACCCGCGUGCCGAGGAGGCCUUCAAGGUUCUGCGAGCGGCGUGGGACAUCCUGUCUGACCCCGCACGCAAGCAGCAGCAUGAUAUGAAACGUGCGGAGCAGAGCGAGAUGAGUCGCGCGAUGGACGAGUUCUUGGUGCGUCUGCACGAAGACCUCAAGGAGGCCAUGAACACCAUGAGCUGCACACACUGCAACGGCAAGCACCGGCGGUACGAGGUGGAGCGCUCGCCGUGGGAGGCGCGCUACUGCGCCCGCUGUAACGCGCGGCACUCGGCCUCCGAGGGAGACUUCUGGGCCGAGUCGAGAAUGCUCGGCUUCAAGGUCACGUUCUUCGCCUUUGUCGACGGCUGCAUCUACGACGUCACAGAGUGGGCGGCGUGUCAGCAGAUCCCGAUCCCCGCGGACGCACACUCGGUGGCCUAUCACAUGUCGCUGGGACAGAACGGGCGCGCGCGACGGCCUGCCAGGCCCCCGAGUCCCGGCCACAACGAGGAGAGCCGUCGCGAGUUCCAGGAUUUCAUCAAUCGCCUCUUCAAGGACACCCAAGACCGCCGCCGGGGGCCAGGCGGUGCGGCCGGCUCCGCGGGGACCCCCCCACCGACCCGGGGCCCACCUCCCAGGCCGGCCAGGAGCCCCACCGACCCCACAGGCGCCUUUUCCAGCGGGCCACGGCCCGGCCCCACCACUCCCGGCGCCACUGCCUCGUCCGCCUCCUCCGCUCAACAAGAGUCCGACUCGCAGAAGCGCCGUCGCAAGGUCUACAAGAAGAUGCCCAAGCGUGCGGGGCUCUGAGCGCCGUGUGGCCGGGCACCCCCACGGUGCUGCUUCUGCUGCUGCUCUUGCCGCUCACUGCGAUUGCCGACACCCCUGGCUGACGGUGGGAAGCGGUGAGACUGCGACCCUCUGCCAGGCGACACCAAUGCCAUGACUCUCGGCUUCUCCGACUUGGCCUGUGGCGUUUGCGGCCCCGGGGAGACCGAUCGUGGAAGAUGGUGGGGCCCUGUACAGGAGGGGAGGGGGGGGGGGAGGCCGCAUCUCUGGGAGACCGCGGCCAGAGGCGGUGGUCGAAAUGGCUGUUGAAGUGUCAUGUCGCGUGACCCAGGGUGUGGUGGGUGUUCUGGCCUGAGAUGUCACUGCAAGAAUAUUAGCUUUACUUUUCGUCCCGUGGCUUUUGUGAAGACAGAAGUGAAGCGCGAGAGCGAGUGUGCGGUGACUUGAGCGAGUGCCUCCUCCGAUUCACCCAGGCGGCACCCCCCCCCCUCCCCGACUCCCCCAGAGUUUUACUGCUUAAUUCAUUUUAGUUUGUUAUAUUUAAAUAAAAAUAAAAAAAUCAUAAACAAAGCCGUAUUUAUUUUGCGAUGCUUGUGCCUGCGUGGCGAGGACGGGAGUCUCGCGUGAGUGACACGGCGUUUGUGUGGGGGGGGGGGGGUGU